AAAAACAAAUGAUAUUUAAUAACAUCCAGAUAUAAUAAGAUUAAUAUAUGUAUAAAUGUAAUUUAAAAUUUAAAUAUUCAAUAAUAAUUUCGAUCUAUUUCGAAAUAUACAUAUACAUACAUAUAUAUAUGUAGAGAGAGAAAACUUUAUUAUAUGAAAUCGAUUUGUUUAUUUUGGCGAUAUUACACGAUCGAAAUGAUUCACAAAACAAGAAUCGAAAUUUGUAUAUAAAGUAUAUUUUUCCUAAAAUUUAUAAUACAUUUGGAAAAAAUGUUUCAUAUAUAUAUAUAUAUAUAUAUAUAAACAUGAUAAUGCGUUUCAUCUCAGAUCAGAUGAGACUUCAUUUUGAUACAUAAAACUUGUUGAUAGACGAUUUUGAUAUGGCGAGACGAUGGAAGUAUAAAAGUAACGUUUAUAAAACGUUAUCGAGAUUCUUUUCGCCAUUAAAUCGAGUGGAUUAGUCAUCGAAGAUUAAAUAUAUACGUACCACAGGUACACAUAUAUAUAUACAUAUACAUAUAAUAUACAUAUAAAUAUAUUAUAUAUACAGCGUAUCGAAAUUAUAAUAAAUUCAAUAUUAUUUAUUUUUCUUGAUAAUAAAUAUUUUAAUUUUUUUUUUUUUUGCAAUUUCAAUUGAUUAUAAUUACAUUAUGUUUAAAAAACAUAAGAAUGUUCGCUUGCAUAAGUGAAAAUUUCAUUCGUGAUACAACAUAUUAAUGAACGAGCGGGAAAAUUUUAAAAAAAGAAAAUAAUCAAAAUUUAAUCAAUCAAUAAAAAUAAUCUAUAUCAUUCUUUUUUCAUAAAUUAAAAUAUUAGAAUUAAUUACUUAAAUAUAUGGUUUUUAUAUAACUUCUUAUAUAUCAUAUUUUUAUAUGUAUAUGAAGAAAUGUGUUGGAUACAUUAAUAAAGAUUAUAUAAGUACUCCAAAGAAGUUUUGAAAUUUUUGAACACUCUAUAUGAAUAUAUAUCGAGUGGCUGAUGCUGGUUAGUGUCCUUGAAAUCUCCACCAUGACUCGAAUCGAAAAGAAGUCGUAGGUGUAUGACCCAUGUCCAUGGCCCAACUGUGUACCUGUCGAGCUUACCACGCUUCAUGGAGAUAUCGCUAGUGGAAAGUUUCGUCAGAUGAAAGUGGUUUAUUGCGCGCGACGGCUGAACGCAACUAAAUCGUACGAUUCAUUGAUGAAUUAUUUGAACAAUAUGUUUAAAUAGUGAAAACGUAUAUAUAUAUAUAUAUAUAUAUAUAUAUAUUAUAGUGCAUAGUUUAAUAGAAAUUAAAAUUACGAGCGAUGAUAUCGUUUCAAUAAUUUUGUAAAAAAUGAUCACCAAGUAAGCACAUAUAUAAAUUAAGCAAUGAACGUAGGAAGUUUCGCGGAAUCGAAAAGGAUCCGACUGGCAAAAUUCGAUGAACACUGUUGGAUGGCUUAAAAGGAAAAGCCAGUAGAAUGAAAUCACAAGCGUGAUCUUGAACAACAGGCAAAUGGCUUUAUCGCUUUGACAGCAUAGUAUCACGUGUCUGUGUACGUGUCUGAAAGACUAAAAACUCAAAAAAGCGUGGUAUUUCAUUUACUCAACGAACAUUCAUGACGAUGAAAAGGGAAAUAUAGACGAAGAAGGGAAGGCAGUGUUUGGAGUGGCCCAUUUCCCUUAUCACGAUAAAACGAUAUAGCUGUAACGGUAGUACUUUAAAAACGAUACGACAAAACACGAAGUAAGUACACUGCUAGUAAGCUUAGAAUCAUCUUUCGGUGAGUCAUUUUUACCGAUCAGUACGAUCAGUCUGUUCGUGGAUUGUAACCGCGAUGGAUCGAACAACCGUGAGAUCGUCACUGUCUUCAUCGUUAUCAUUGUCAUCGUGGUCAUCGUCGUCGAGUAUGCCUCUUUGAUUGAAAAGUAGGGAUAGAACUCGAGAUCAGUCUCUCGAGGAAAAUGGACGUGGAACUGGUUACUCGUGCAUCCUUGAAUUCUCUGAACAAUGUGGACGAUGGCCGGAUUGUUUCGCCGAAUAAUCUUGAUGACUGGACCUGGUCUAACUUGCGAGUGAGUGCAAUAAGUUUAUGCCAAUUGUGAUCAUGACUGACGAUAGGCAAAACAUAUAUACAGGGUGUCUCAAAAAUAGAUCGGUAAAUUGGUAUCAUGAUAAAUUGGAGAUUCCUGAAGUAAUUUCAGGCAACGUUUUCCUUUGUAAAAAUUUUCAUUAUUGCUUUGUUAAUGAGUUAUUGACAAAAAACAUUGGCCAAUCACGGAACGCAUAGUCUUGUGGAACAGCGACGAUAGCGUUGGAUGUGUGUUGCUCACCGAGCACGAACAAAUCCAAGCGAUACAUCUCGAAGAAAGUAUAUUGAAUCAAAUAUAAAAAAUAUAUUUUUAUUGAUAAAAAAUUAUAUAGAAUUAUAUUAUGAAUAAAUAAAUACAAUAUUCAACAAAUUUUCUUCGAGAUAUGUUGCCUGGAUUUGUUCGUGCUCAGUCGACAAUACGUAACUAGCGCUAUUAUCGUGGUGUGAUUAGGUUACGCGCUCUGUGAUUGGCUAAUAUUUUUUGUUAAUAACUCAUUAAUAAAACCAUAAUGAAAAUUUUUGCAAAGGAAAAUAUUACUUAAUAUUACAUCGGAAAUCUUCAAUUUUAAAUCUUUCAACAUUUUAUACAUAUAUAUACAUAUAUAUAUAUAUAUCUAUUCAUUUACAAGUUACUCGCAAUCGAAGAUUAAGAAUUUUAUUGCGGAUCACUUAACAAACGAAUGAUUUUAAUUGAUCAAAUAUAAGAAUGUUUUAUUAUAUGGAUAUAGAUAUUUCAUAAUAGAUAAUAAUAAUAAUAAUAUUAUUAUUAUCAUGCUAAUAUGUGAAAUGAAUUAAGGUAAAAAAAUUAUUUGCAAGUUUCAUUAAAAUUUAAAAGAGGGGAGAAGAAAUUCCAUUAAUUUUAUUUACAGAAAAUAUUUAUAGAUAUAUUUUAUAUUUAUAGAUUUCAUAAUCAUAUUGAUUAUUCGUGAUAUAAAUGAGAUCAACAUAUUUAAUCUAAUAUGUUCAUGUUACAAUGUGUGUUUCGCAGUACAUACACACAUAUAUUUCGAUCACAAGGUAAUUUUUCACAUUUUUGUUUUAUUCUAAUCAUAGACAAAUAACUUCACUCGUUUACUGAUGUUUCACACAUUUUGCAAAACAUUUCCAAAGCACACGAUAAUCGAAUUAUAAGGAUGAUAUUAAAAUGAAAAAAGAAGUAACGGAAGCAUUGAGCAUAAAAAACUAAUACUAUAUCUAAUAUUGUUGAUAAUUUCAUUAAAUUGCAAUUGAUUAUCGUCUUUUUUAUCUAUAAAAAUUAGAUCUCGAUAACUUUCAACUAUGCAAUCAUUUACGCGGAGUUGAAGAGUAAUAUGUUAUAUCAUGUUUUUUUUUUUUUCCUUUUAUGAUUCGAUUACAAGGAAAAGUUGUAUUUUUACAUGAGGAAUGGUCGUAAGAAUAACAUAUUUGUUACAAUAUGAAGCUUAUAUCAACAAACUUGAUAAGUGGAAUAAAGAAAAAUUUAUUUAAUAUAGAUCACGUCCUUCGAUACAAUUGGCGAGAAGAAAUGAAUUGAUAUCUGAAUAUUUAAACCGGUGCUAAAAAGAUUUCCGUGAUAAUCGUUUCUUUCCAUUUAAUAAUGGAACCUUACCAUCGUAUCAUUCAGUUUCGUUUUAUCAUUUAUAGCUUAUCAUUUAGUUUCAAUUUUUUCCUUUUUUUCUUUCUAAUAUUUUUAGUAGUUUAAAAAAUUUAUUCAUGCGAACAAAUAAAAUACUUAUAAAUAUCUAAAAUAAUAGUUAAUCUAAAAUAGUUAAUUUUAAAGAAUUUUAAAAUAAUUUAAAAAAAUAAAUGGUUAUUUUUUAUAAAUAUCCUUAUCUUUUUACAAACUUUUAAUUUUUAUGGCGUUCGCGUUAUCAAUGUGUUUACGUUAUCGAAAAUUUUAAACUUGCAAGUACAGGAAUGCUAAAUAUUUCUUGAUCUGAGAUUCUAUCUGUGAGAUCCUUCACGAAAUUCGAUUUUAUUUAUCGUAUCAUUUUAUAUCUAUAUAAAAUUAAUAUCUUGUACAAAAAUGAAAUUUUUUUUCUAAACAAUGAUUUUUAUUCGCGAAAAUUUUCAUAAAUAAUCUUAAAUCUACUUUCUGUACUUGGGGUAAUUAAUGACUUAACACUGAUCAUCGUACGUAUUUGUUAGAUCAAAUAUUUUCUUAAAAAAAAUCAAUCAAGUUUUUUUGGAAAAAUUGCACAAGUGAAUCUUAAAUAUGGGAAGGUAUACGUAAGAUUCAUCUUUUAUUUUAAAUAAAUAUCAUUAUAUGAAUUUUCAGAUCUUCGUGAGUAUGCGUAGUAACGAAUAAAUUUUCUUCCCGCCUAUCGUAAUCGAGGAACAAACGUGCGUAUAUUACGACGAUUAGAAAGGAGAAAAGAGAUGGGAAUAAAGAUGGUUGGGCCCGAGAGUUCGAGAUUGAAGAUCAAUAUUCACCGGACCGGACGAAAGGUUCGCGGCCGAGUCGGAAUGUGAAAACGCACGCGCGAAAUGCAGACGAAAGGGAACUCGUUCAUUUCCCGGUGGAGAGAGAGUUUCGAGAGCCUCGGCGAGCUCCGGUACUCUGGUGUGGCAGGAAAUCGUGAAAAAAGAGGCACAACGUGUAGUGGCGCGACUGCGCCCCGCAAUACUCGGUCCGAUUUUUAUCAUAGUUUACGAGCAGCUUAAUUCACGUUAGCCACCAUGCACGCGUCGAUUUAGCAUCAGACAGCCGGUAGCUGCCGGAGAUACGCGCGCGUUCGUGCUAACUCCGACGUUUCUUAAAUCAUCAAUGAAACAGUGAUCAUUGUCGUUUAUCUUAUUUAUCACGUGAGCAUCGAAUUAUAUGAAACCAUUGUUUGGAUAUUAUAUUUAGUUCAUUCGACGAGAUUUAAAAUUAUUUAAACGGAUUGCUUAUCGUUUAGUAGAAUUGGAAGAAGAAGAAGAAGAAGUAUUUUCGGAAUCGAAGACACAAUUCAAAUACAAAAACCUAGAGAAGCUGUUCACGGUUUACCAAAGGAGGAUUCAGUAUGGUUAUCUCUCGCUUUUUGUUCUCUUGCAAUUGGCCCUCGGAUUCAUACAUUGCUUGAUUCUGAUAACAAUGGUCAACAUUGAGAACUGCGUACCGGAUGUGGUGAUCAGCACUUUAGUGAGCGCGUUAUUCUGUCCAGUGAUUGCACUUUCGUUCAAGUCAAAGAUCAUUAUUAGAAACACUUACCUAUCGGUCAUACUGUCCUGUCUGAUCGUGGUAUUAUUAGCAAUUGGGGACUUGGCUGUCCCCUUCUAUUACACUCUGUACAAUGAUGAAGCACCAUCGAUAAGACCUGCAUACGCGACUCACGCGCUCUUGGCAUGUUAUGUCUUUCUACCUCUCACGAAAAAUUUACAUGCUCUCAUACUCGGAAUUACGACUACUACAUGCUACUUAGUCGCUUUAUCGUUAAUCACUUAUAGAAAUUCAUUCGAUUUUAGCACGAAGAUCAUUACGGACACGAUAUAUUUUGUUUGUGUGAAUGGUUUGGGACUCUAUUUUAGAUUCAUGAAUGAAAUUGUUACAAGACGAUCAUUUCUCGAUCAUCGAAAAUGCGUGGAAUCAACAUUGCGGUUGAAUUAUGAGAAAGAUCAAGAAGAACAACUUACACGAAGUAUAUUACCGCAACAUAUAGCCGCGAAGAUAAAGAAAGAAUUUAGAGAUAUAUUUAAAUUUUUAGAAGAACACAAAAAACCUCCCAAACCAUCUAGUGAUUUAUGCGUCGAGACCCACAAUAAUGUAAGCAUUUUAUAUGCCGAUGUUGUGAAUUUUUCUGGCUUGACCGUGACGUUGCCAGUGCGGAAACUAGUAGAGACAUUGAAUGAUUUGUUUGGUAGUUUUGACGAAGCUUCCGAAAGGCACAAUGUUCUGCGUAUCAAAUUUUUGGGUGACUGUUAUUAUUGUGUAAGUGGAGUACCGACACCAAAUUCUCAACACGCGAAAAGUUGUGUGGAUUUAGGACUCGACAUGAUAAAGAUAAUUAAGGAUGUAAGGGCAAAAGUACGACGCGAAAGUGGUGUAGAUGUAAAUAUGAGGAUAGGAGUUCACUCGGGCAAUAUAAUAUCAGGAAUUCUAGGUGUGAGCAAAUGGCAGUACGAUGUUUGGUCACGCGAUGUUGUUAUAGCUAAUAAAAUGGAGCAAACAGGGAAACCCGGCAAAGUUCAUAUUACGCAGCAGACAUUGGAUCUCGUAGAUGCUAACGAAUAUGAUUGCGUUCCGGUGGAUUCUUUGAAUGACGAGGUUCUCAAAAAGUAUGGGAUUCGAAGUUAUCUUAUUACACCUUCGAUUCCCGACGAUUUCGAAUCUCCGACUAUGCAGAACAGCGAGAACACCUUGACAGUCAUGACUCCGUCCCCUGAAAGCUCUCCACUAUCUACGCAUUACGUGAAAUUUUAUGUACGGUCCAGUACCAGUAUGAAUCCCAGUGCGAGAAACAGUAGACGACUUACUGCCACUCUAAAUAAUCAUGUUGGCGUGUUCACCAGCACGUGUAGACGGCGUACACAUUUUAUGGAUUCCUGUUUGCGAGAUUAUCAUCUAAUGCUUAAAACUGCAGAUGCAGAAAUGGAACAUGCUAUUAAAAAAAUGCCUUUAACUAAAUGGAAACAAUGGUGCAAUUGGAAAGAUAUGAAUCCACUAUUUUUAACAUUUCAACAAUGGAGUUGGGAAAUACCGUUUUUAAAGCAACCUGAUCCACUUUUUAAAUUUUAUAUUAGUUGUGCUCUUUUUGUCUUAAUUUUUAUGGGACUCAUUUAUCUGGUACCUACACUUUCUCUUUCCAAAUGGCAUCUGAGCACAACGAUUAGUUAUUCCGCAGCAAUGUUAUUUUUAAUCGCUUUAAUGCCAAUAGCUUGGAUGCAUUUCGCAUGGAACCGAUAUAAAGAUCCGCAUGAUGAACAUGAAGGGCAGAUUCCGCAUCCUCGAAAUAAAUUAUUAUGUUUUUUAUAUCAAACUAGCAUAAAGGUUGUUUGGAGUGCAUUUCUCAGGACAGUUUUAUAUUUGGUAAUAACGCUAAUGUUAGCAGCGUGUGCCAUGUUUGAUAUGAUCUUUGAAUGUAAGAAUGUUAAUGAGCUUACAAGUAAUAAUAUAACAUUCAGCGUAAUAGAACCUGGCACUUCGAAACUUGAUUGCGUAGCUACACCCUGGGUAAGAUUGUUUACAAAUGACGCAAACUUGCUCCUUGGCUAUUUUGACGAGUUUUCUGUUUUUAAGACUCCAUUAUAUCUUAAAAUUAGUAAUAGGCAUCGUAAUAGUCGUAUUUUAUUCAUGGAAUGUUUGGAUAUAUCGUUCAAAUUUAUUUCAGGCGACAGAUGGAAUCCAUAUUUAGAACCAAGACUGGCUCACAUUUUAAGCAUAGUUUUUCUUACUUUUUCUUUGCAUCUGAUAGAUCGCCAGGCAGAAUAUUUGAAUAGAUUAGAUUACUUAUGGAAACGUCAAUUGACCAAAGAACAAGAUGAAGCAUUCCAUACAAGAAAUGCUAAUAAAUUUUUACUUCGUAAUAUUUUACCAGAACAUGUUGCGGAGUUCUACUUGAAUAUGAAUAGAACAGUAGAAAAUGAGCCUUAUCAUGAAGCUCAUAGUAACGUGGCUGUAAUGUUUGCUUCAUUAACGGAUGUAUCCAUCGAUGAAAGCAAUACUUUAGCAGUCUUAAAUGAGAUUAUAUGCGAAUUUGACAAAUUGCUAUUUGAGCCAUAUUUCAAUCGAAUUGAAAAAAUUAAAAUUGCUGGCACUACUUAUAUGGCAGCUUGUGGAUUAGAAGCUAGUCGACGCGAUUCAAUGCGUAGCCCAGAAAACGAGGAAAAUAUUAGUGAUAAUGUGGUAAAAGUAAUGGCCCAGUUUGCAGUUGAAAUGAUAGCAGUUCUAGAUAAAUUGAAAAUGAGAACCUUUUAUACAUCCAAACCUUACAGAUUGAGAAUUGGAAUAUCACAUGGUGAAGUUACAGCAGGAGUAGUAGGUGCUCAAAAACCGUUAUAUGAUAUCUGGGGCGAUGCUGUGAACAUGGCGUCGAGAAUGGAUACAACAGGUGUUCCAGGAAAAAUACAGAUUACAGCAGAAACUGCGGCUGUUCUUGAACAACAAGGUGUCAAGUGCCAUCUUCGAGGAGAUACGUAUGUCAAACCAAAAGGUUUAGUCACAACGUAUUUUAUUGGUAUCGACGAUAAUCGACAGCUUCAAAGAACAAAUUCUAUCGAGGAAACCAGUCUGUGAUGGAAAUAUUAAAUUGAUCUUUAAUCAAUUAUUUCAUCAUAAAUCGAAUUGACUGGAAGAUAAUGUGAAAAAUGAGAUAAUAAAUAUCUAAAUGAACGCACAGAGAGAUAGGAAAAAACCAAAGAAAAUCUAAAAAAACCAAAGAAAUUAAAAAAAAAUAACGCAAUCAAUGAUCGUAUCAUUAUGGAAUACCUCAAAUUAUUGAAUUGAGUUUAUAUGUGAAGUAUGCUUGCAAUCAUAUGCUAUAUAAGCUAAAUUAUCAGCAGAAUAAUAUCAUUAAAUUAUAAAUAGAAAAAAUCAAUUUUAAUAUAAUUUUUUUUUUAUUUUUUAAAAAUUUUACUCAAUCAGUAUAUGUUAAGAAUAACUUUAUACAUUAAUGCAUUUAAAAUACUUCUUCCUCUCCCUCUCUCUCUUAUUGACAUUUUUUAAUUAUUUAAUUAGUAAAAAUACUAAUUUACACAAAAUGUGAUUUUACAUAAAAAUUUAUUAUUAUUAUUAUAAAUUACUUUUUUAUACAUUCAAACAGUAAUGUUUGGAAAAUGUUGCUCUAAACAAUGAACAAAUUUAUAAAAACUAUUAAAAAUAUGAUAUUUUACAAUUAAUGAUAAAAAUCUUUCUAAGAGUAAUUUCUUGUAAAUGUCAAUUUGAUAUAUAGCGAAUUCGAAAAAUAAUAAAAAAAAAAUAAACAUUUUGUUUAUAUUGAUUCAUGUGAAUAAUAAUGCUGUAUAUGUAUUACAUUUGAUUCAUAAAAAUAAUAAUUAGUUCAAAAUAAUAAUUAAUAUAGUUUUACUAAGAUCAUGACAAGAGAUGAAUGUUUUUGAAAAUUAAGAUAUGAAUAUAUUUUUAUCAUGUCCUAUAAUAAAAUUAUAAAAAACUUUUAUAAUUGAAGAUUUUUACAAAUUUUAAAACUCAAUCUUGAAAUAUUUGGAUGAUUUAAAAUUUAUUUUGUUUAUAUAUAUAUAUUGUUUAUAUUAUAUAUUAUAUAACAAAUUUUUGUUUAAAUAUGUUAUGAUUAUUAUCAUUUUAUUUGUUUUUAUAACUUUGAUAAGAAUUUUUAAAACUUAAAUAAUGCAAUUAUUGUUACGUAAAAAUAUUAUUAUUUAAAUCGAAAAAUUUAUUACAAUUUGUUUAUUAAAUAUUAUAUUUUAAUAUUAAGUAAAUUAAUUAAUAUAAAUAUAAAUUCAGAUCAAAUUCUAGAUCGAAUUUUGAACGAUGUUUAAUCAAUUAUAAUAAUAAUUCAUGUUACAAUAUUUUUAUAAUGAUAUCUACAAAAUAUUUCUAAGUCAUUAUAUUUAUUUUAAAUUUCUAAAGAACAAACAUGAUAAUUUUUUAAAUAUAUCAUUUUUUUCUAAUUUAUGAAUCAUAUAUAACUAAGUUCCUCAAUUUGAUUAUAAGUGAUUAUAAGUAAAAUUUAUUUUUCUAUCAAUAUAUAUUAUUAAUGUAAUGAGCGCUUAUUUGUUUCUUUGUAAAUAUUUUUGUAUAUUAUAUUUUUUAAAUAUUAAAAAUAAUAAUCAAUAUAAUUUAUAAAUAGUAUAAAAUAUUUAUUACUACAUAUAGUGUAAGAAUAGUUUAUAAACAAAUAUAAAAAAGCAUUAUAACAAAUAUCUAUACAAUUUAAUAAAAAUUUUACGAUACUUAAA